CACUUCCUAAAUGUGAGAGCUGGAUCCCGUCCCUCUUGGGCUUGCUUGGCAAGGUAUCCUUGAAGGGAAGAACCUCCUUAAAAAGGGCAUGCGAUGGCAAGUGGGAUCAGGGUCCUCAAUAUACAUUCUACAGGAUCCGUGGAUACCUUCAGAUCCACCCUCCUACCCAAUCUUGAAGACAGGUAUGACCUUAGAAGGUUCAGUAGUUGCCUACCUUAUCGAUCCAAUAACGUUUACUUGGAACUCUAACAAGAUUCGAUCUUUAUUCUACCCAGCUUCUGCCGAACUAAUUCUGUCCAUACCUCUUCCCUCAUAUCCUAGGGAAGAUAGACUCAUCUGGCACUAUGAUAAAUCUGGUCAAUAUACAGUGAAAUCGGGAUACCACCUUUUAACAAAUGAAAUUAACCCAUUUCAUAAUAGUAUACCAGACUACUUGGACACAAAAUUUUGGAAAUCAUUAUGGAGUAUACCAGUGCCACCAAAACUGAAAUUCUUCCUUUGGAGGAUAGUCCGGGGGUUUCUUCCUGUCCGCAAAAUUCUACAAAUUCAAAAAUUGACUACUUCGUGUGAAUGUCCAGUGUGUUGUGAACCAACCGAAGACAUUAAUCACUGCUUUUUUGAAUGUAGGAUUGCAAAAGAGUUAUGGAUUAUGGCUGGAUUGGAACAUCGUAGAAACUCAAUGCGCUCCUUCCAACCAGAUUUGGCAUGGAAAAAUCUAUUUUGUGCUACUCACAUCUCCAAGAUUGAGAUUGCCGAUACGGUUUUCCUAUUCUUGCGAAUCUGGAAAGGAAGAUGCAAAGCUACUUAUGCUUUAGUAUUACUUCAAGCUCGAGUUUUGUUCAGACAACUAACACCGCAUAUAGAGGAAUGGCGAACGGCGGAGGGACAAAAAGCUCGGCAACCCACAGGUGUUCAGAGAUCAUCGGCGAACCCUAACAAUCAAAUAGGAUCUCGAAGGAGCCAUCCAGAUGCCAUAUGCCCUAAUAACGGUAUCCUUGUGAGAUUUGACGGAGCCAUGAAGAAAAACCAAGGAGGCUCAAUCGGAUUUGCUGGAUUCUCGAGAGACGGUACGUUGUCCUUUGCUUUUGGUAAAUUUUAUGAAGGUAUUUCGGAGGCUUACAUUUCCGAGCUUCUAGCUCUUAGAGACGCUAUGAGAUGGUGCUUAACACAUAAUUUUUUGGUGGUUGCAUUUUGUGGAGAUGCUCAACUGGUUAUCAAGCACGCUAUGGCAAAGAACGCUUCUCACUCUCGAGCAGGGGCUGUCUUGGAGGAAGUGCACUCAUUUUCCCCCUUUUUUGAGUCAGUGUCGUGUCUUUUUGCUCCUCGGAGCUUUAACAGAGCUGCCCAUUUAAUGGCUAUUCAGGCUCUGUCAUCGGGAAUCCGUUUGCUUACGGAUUACCGUCCUUUUUUGGAAUCUACUUGUACCUGAGUCGAGUCUUUGUCCCAUGCCCUCUGGGCUUGCCUUGGAAAAAAAACUAAUAAUAAUACGCUAGCGACUAAGCCCAACUCGGCACCAAGGCCCACGGGUGCUAUAAUGCAUCAGCAAGCACCACAGAUUUCCCAUUUGUUAUUUGUUGAUGACAAUAUUAUUUUCAUGAGGGCAAUCAAGUCAGAAUGUGAGAAAGUUAAAGCCAUCUUAUGCUUAUAUGAAGCUGAAUCUGGCCAGCAGGUCAAUCCCCACAAAUCUGAGUUAUCCUUUAGUCCUAAUGUGAGGCAGGGGAGAAGGAAAGAACUAGCAGAUUUGCUGAACAUGAAGGUAGUGGACCACCAUCAAAAGUAUCUAGGCCUCCCCACAAUCAUUGGCCGAUCAAAGAAGCAGGCUUUUGGCUACUUAGUUGAUCAAGUUAGAGCAAAAGUUAAAGUGUGGAAAGGAAAACUACUAUCUGUAGCAGGGAAGGAAGUAUUAAUUAAAGUUGUGGCCCAGGCACAGAUGUUGAGUGGGUGUUUAAUGGGGUCAACGUGAACCAGCAAAGGAAGAAGGAAGGGUAACGUUUGGAAAAUGAUAAAUAAAAACGAAAGAUUUGGAAAUAGCUAAUGCCCAUCAACUAUUUUGAAAACCCACGAUUGAGGGUUUUGAAAAUCUCUAAUUUUAAAUUCCUUAUGGGCCGUUUACUUGCCAUUACAUUUCUGUUAGCUGCCACAACAGAAAACAAAAUUAAAAUGAAAACGAAACUGACCAUUUCCUGGAAAACAAAACCUGAAAAAACCUUGUUUAGCUGAGAAUUUUGGUGAGUUCUGAAACUGAGUUCUAAAAAGAAAUCCUGUUUAGUUGCUUCAUUCUGUUUUCUGAUUCUUGAUUAUCAUACAACCCUAGCCAUGAUUAUAAUUUUUAAUUCGAAUUAAAUAGUUUUUAAACU